AUGGAGCUGUUUUCCACACCCACUCUGACAGUGCUACCUGGUGCCUCAGUGUGGGAGGGAGAGGCUGUGACUCUGCAGUGUGGAGCUCACAUAAAUAAACAGGGCACACAGCUGCAGUACCGCUAUAUGAAAGACAAGAGGUAUCUGAGUGGAGCUGGAUCACAGGAUCGGCACUCAAUCCCAUCGGCAGAGCUGAGUAACAGUGGGAACUACCUGUGUGACGUGGAGGCAGUAGAGUUGGGAAAGAAUAAACAAAGUGAUUCGGUGUCACUGACUGUGAAAGAGUCCUGGUCGUGGAUCAUUGCUGCUCUCAGUGUCUCGCUGGUUUUGAUUAUUUUUUUUCCUGUCACACUAUUGCUGUUCUACCGAUACAAGACCAAAGGUUUUCUGUUCAUUGCUGCUAAAUCAAGGCGCCCUGCAGAUCAGACUCCUGCACAGCCCUCGAGGGGAACGGAGCUCUCCGGACUUGGACAGGAGCCUGGUAACUCCACAGCAUCCAACCUAGAGAGUGAAUACGCAGAAGUGAAGCCAAACCAACAGAACAAAGCUAAACCCCGACCAAAACGUGACUGUGACGUCCUGUACUCUGCUGUCCUUGUCAAGAAACCAGAAGAUAACCCCAGUGCUGCAGACAACAGUGACGUCCUUUAUUCAGAGCUUGACAUGAGGAAUGUGAAUAAGAAGAAGAAGGGUAAAACCCUGGCAGAUAACAAACCUGAAGUGUUGUACUCUGAGAUCAACCAAGCAAAGCCCUCAGGCAAACCCACAGCAGAUAAUGCAGAGUCCAUGUAUGCCACAGUCCUCCCAAAGAAGAAAAGGAAGUAAAGGAAGAGGGUCCCCAGGGAUGAGAGCCAGCCUGAAUCCAGAGACACUGAGAAGGAGAGCAUGUCAGAGAUCACAGUCCCUCCUGAAUUUAGAGAACAUGCCUGGGAUUCAGGCCUGUUCCUGGCUAUUGAAUUGGUUUGGCGUUUUAGGAUAGAGUUACUGGGCCAUUCAAAAAACAAACAAACAUUGUGCUUUUACUCUACAGACACUGUUUGUUCCAACAAGAUAUAAAACAACCUGUGUGCCUGUGUGACAAUUAUGACUUGUUUUCUUC